CCAUCUCAUCGUGAACAAGACAAGUAGAAUGCUUCAAAACCUCAACUCAUCUACCUCUUUCCGCAAUAUCUGACAACUGACACGAAAUGUCACAUGUCACAAUAGUUUGAUUUUAUAUGAUUUUAUUUAUUUACAAACAUCAAAAUACUAAAGAAACAAGAAUUCCGAAAAUAUGUUCGUAUUCAUAUCAUUUGCCCUAUCGGCGAAUCCUUAAUUUUUUGACAUGAAUGGAUGUGUACACUCGAAUACUACAGUUUUCUAGAUUAGUAAAGAAGUCUCCUGUAAACGUUGGAAGCAGGACUGCUGUGAACUUAUCUUAUACAAUAGUAACUCGUCCGGACAAUGACCCACCCGACGAAAAACCUCCGCUCAUAAUCUGCCACGGCUUAUUAGGGACGAAGAAAAACUGGACGUAUUUAGCGAAAACUAUUCACGCUGUCACCAAACGGAUAGUGGUGCGGAUAGACCUGAGGAACCACGGUCUCAGCCCGCAGACCAAGUCGCAUAAAUACGAGGAGCUGGCUGAGGAUGUGCUGCAACUUAUGACCAAGCUGGAGAUAGAUAAUGCCAGUCUUAUCGGACACAACAUGGGUGGCAGGACUGCCAUGUCCGUCGCUUUGAUGAAGCCGUCGGCAGUAGCCAGUCUGAUUGUAUUGGAGAUGUCGCCCGCGUCAACAAGCGCGGAGUUCACCACGCUCUUCCCAAGGAUCAUGGAAGCGAUGACCGCAGUCAAGUUGAAGGAAAAACGCAAAGUCCACAAAGCUAGAAAGGAAGUUAAGGAACAAUUGAAAAAUGCCAUUACCAAUGAAGUCAUAAUGGCGAAUGUGUUAACCAACGUCAACGUUAAACAGGACGGCACUAUUGGGUGGACGUGCAAUUUAGAGACGCUAAUGAGGCAUUUUAAAUACAUUUCGUCGUUUCCAUUCAGUUUGGAUAAAGGCAAGAAGUACUUCGGACCAACUUUGUUCAUAGGCGGGCAGUUGUCAGAGUAUAUUCCUGCCGACGACCUGCCUCGGAUCAGGGAGCUGUUCCCCAAGGCCGUAGUAAAGUUCGUCCCCGGCGCCGGCCACUUCGUCCACAGAGACGAGCCCAAGGCCGUGCUGGAGCUCGUCAUCGGCUUCCUCAAUGACCAUUCUGAAUAACAGCUAAACUUGUGCAUUUGUGUUGUUAACGUAAUAAACUCUAGUAUUUAUUGAUGAUAAAUCAGUUUUA